AUGAACCUUGGAAUGCGUCAUUGGAAGCAGACUGCAGCAGCGAAGCGAAGGCAGUUGCUAGUGAAACUUGCUGACUUGAUCGAACGCGAUCUCGAAAUUUUCGGCAUCCUCGAAGGCAAUGAUCUGAUUGCCGAAGCUGGAUUUCCACCUGGUGUCAUCAAUAUCAUACCAGGUCAUGGCUCCACAGCUGGCUCUGCUUUGGUCCACCACAUGAAAGUUCGCAAGAUCGCUUUUAUCGGCUCUACCCUUACCGGACGUGCUAUUCUCAAAGCCUCAGCAGAGAGCAACCUUAAAAAAUUCUCUCUCGAACUCGGAGGAAAGAGCCCAACAACCAUAUUCGAUGAUGCUGACUUCGAAGACGCGGUGACAUGGGCUGCAAUUGCAAUUAUUUCCGGCGAAGGUGAAAUUUGUGCCGCUGGAUCCCGACUUUACGUCCAAGACACCGUCUAUGAAAGGUUUCUGAAGGCUUUCUCCGAACGAUGCAAGAAUGCUGUGCCCGGUGAUCCCAUGGCUCCGAAAACCAACAAAGGACCGCUCAUUAGCGACCGGCACAAUGCUAUCAAAAAUACAGCUUUCUUUGGUGUAACUGAAGAUUCGCCUAUUAUGAGAGAAGAAAUCUUCGGGCCAGUGGCGUCCAUCGCCAAAUUUCAUGACGGAGAAGAUGUCAUUCAAAAAGCCAACAAUUCCGAUUAUGGCCUGUCAGCCGCCGUUUUCACAAAGGAUCUUGCCCGUGCACAUCGAGUUGCGGACCACCUCGAGAGCGGCCAGGUUACGAUCAAUGCGUGGGGCAUGUUGGCUGCUAACAUGCCGUUUGGAGGACACAAGCAAAGUGGCUUUGGUAGAGAUGGAGGUUUGGAAGCUUUGGAGGAUUGGACUACAGUCAAGGCAGUCAAAAUUGUGGUACCGCGUUUGUAG